AUGGACAUUUCUUGUUUAAUAUUUCUUUUAAUUUUCUUGUCGAAAUCAUUAGGGUAUUUAAUAAACAUCGACGCAAAUGAAGAACAGUGUUUUUUCGAUCGAGUCGUUUCUGGGACUAAAAUGGGGCUAAUGUUUGAAGUUGCUGAAGGCGGAUUUCUUGAUAUCGACGUCAAGGUUAUUGGUCCAGAUGGAAAGGAAAUUUAUAAAGGUGAACGAGAAAGUUCUAGCAAAUAUACUUUUGCCGCACAUAUGGAUGGAAUUUACACAUAUUGCUUCGGUAAUCAAAUGUCAACAAUGACUCCUAAAGUCGUUGUCUUUUCGAUGGAAAUAAUCCCACCUGGGCAUCCAGUUGAAGCGGCAUCAGAUAUUGAAAGUAAUAAACUAGAAGAAAUGGUUCGCGAAUUAUCAACUGCUCUUAUGUCCGUUAAACACGAACAGGAAUACAUGGAAAUUCGAGAAAGAGUUCAUCGAACUAUUAAUGAAAGCACAAAUUCACGAGUAGUAUUAUGGGCCAUAUUUGAAGCUGUCAUUCUUGUUUCAAUGACCAUUGGACAAAUUUUUUAUCUUAAACGAUUUUUCGAAGUGCGGCGGGUUGUUUAA